AUGGCCUCCACCCGUGUGCUCGCCUCCAGACUGGCCACCACCAUGGCCUCGACGACCUCCAAGGUCGCUCGUCCCGCCCUCCGCGUCCAGCUGGCUAACAGCUCCAAGCGCACCAUCACCGGCAUGAGCAGGGCCAACCCUCUCCAGACCGUCAAGCGCCAGAGCAUCCUGAACGCCAACACCCGCCAGGCUUUCGCCAAGGUUCAGGCCCGCCCCUACAGCUCCGAGAUUGCUCAGGCCAUGGUUGAGGUCUCCAAGAACCUGGGUAUGGGUUCCGCCGCCAUCGGCCUGACCGGUGCUGGUAUCGGUAUCGGUCUCGUCUUCGCUGCUCUGCUGAACGGCGUUGCCCGCAACCCUGCCCUCCGUGGCCAGCUGUUCUCCUACGCCAUUCUGGGUUUCGCCUUCGUCGAGGCCAUCGGUCUUUUCGACCUCAUGGUUGCCCUCAUGGCCAAGUUCACUUAA